AUGGGAAAACCUGCGCCGCCAAAAGGCAACAGGCCGACAAGAAAUACUCAGUCACAGCCACAGAAGCAGACACAAGCCACCAAGACCGCAAAAAAACAAACGCCGGCUCCUGAGCGCCCUGUCAAGAGCGUGGAGAAGCCAAACAGCAAUUUGAUCAGCUUGCCAGACCAACAAAGGAUACUCAAUCUCUUUGCACAAGCGUUCAACACAGAGCUUACCUCUCCAGACUUCACCAACACUCUUCAAGCUGUUAAGCAGGGCCUCUUUGACCGUGACUUUGAGCGCGUCUUUGGAGAUGAAGCAAACCUUCGCGUCUACGCGGCGCGGUAUAGUCCGACCAGGGCCCUGGGGUAUGCCGAAGUGCUUUCUGGCAUCGUUGAGCAUCUCGAGCAGCUGUUCCCCACUGAGACGGGAGGAGAUGAGAAGACCCCGGCAGUUCUGAACAUGGUCUCUAUCGGAGGUGGCUCAGCAGAGGUUGCCGCUUUUGCUGCUUACCUAUCCCAGGCGCCAGACAGGUCUGGAACUGUCAAUCUUAUAGACUCGGGGCCUUGGGGAGCUAUCGUUGACUCCCUCGCCGGCCAUGUCACCACGCCGCCCAGUCUGCCUCAAUGGGCCAACGCAGAAGCAAAGGCAAACAACCGCUCGCUCAUCGAGCCUGCAAGGCUCACUGCAAAGUUCCUUCAAAAAGAUGUUCUAUCUUCAGAGCUCGUUGAGAUUUUCCCCGACGAGAGCCCUUGCCUGGUGACACUCUUCUUCACCCUCAACGAGCUGUUUACAGCAGGUGGUAUAGGCAAAACAACCCAAUUCUUACUGGAUCUUACAGCCGCGAUCCCUUCGGGCUCAUUACUCCUCGUUGUCGACAGCCCGGGGUCAUAUUCUGAGGCCACAGUUGGCAAGGAGGCCAAAAAAUACCCAAUGCUCUGGCUGCUUGACAAGGUGCUAGCAUCAGCCGAGGAUUGCACCUGGCAAAAGAUAGAGUCUCAGGAGUCGCGGUGGUUUCGACUUCCUGAGAAGCUCACUUACCCGAUUCCUUUGGAAAAUAUGCGCUUCCAGAUGCACCUUUACCGCGCUACGAAAUCAGCACCUCAAGCAAAGAGUAGUUCAGAAUCAUGA